ACCUUACAUGUCCAUUCCUUUUUGUUGUCAUUUGACUUUAGGAUUAAGAGUUUGGGUCUAUCUUUGCGAUGGGGUUUUGUAUCUGGGUUGUCGGGUCACUAAAAUUAAUAAUUUAGGGCUGGGUUUUGGUGCUGGUUUUUGGGGCUCGUUGGUUGGGUUUUGAGUUUUGGGUUUAGACUUUGGGUUUGUUUUCGUGUCGGGUCACAAAAAUUAAAACUAAAAGAUCGUUGAAGGAAGACACAUAUUGUAAACCUAGGUAUUACACCACAACCUAAUAUGAUAAAAUAAAUUGGAAAUUGAGAAAGUUAAACAUAGUUCAGAACAAAAAAUGAUUUAUGAUUUUAGAUUUUUAACCCAUAAAUGGAGUUCAAAGACUGUGUGUUCAUACCCUUAUGUAGAAUCUGGGUUAGGUUUUGGCGUUUGUGUUUGGGACUGGUUUUUGGGCCUGGGUUUUGGGUAGACUCUAGGUUGGGUUAUAGAGUAUGGGAUUGUUUUUGAGUCUGGGACUUUGGGUUUACUAUCCGGGUUUUGGGUCUGGUGCUUUGGGCUGGUUUUUGGAAGAAUGAUGUUCCAAGUUCUUGCGGAUUUAGGCGUAUCUGUAAUUAAAAAAUGUUUUUUCUUUACUUCUACUAAUUGUGGCAAACAACACACCUAUAAACAAACCAAAUAACUAAUAUCAUUCUACCUGGGAGGAUACCUGCUAUUACACCUAAAUUAAUAUCUGGGUUGAUGGGUCAGUGAAAUUAAUAAAAGAUUGUUGAAGGGAGACACAUAUUGGCUGAGAGGAUAUUGAUAGAUAAUGAAACUCAUGGGUCGGAACAGUAGCCAUUAAAUUAUGCCAGUUUUUUCUUUGAGAUGUGGUACCUUUGAAUGGUAACUAUUUAGUUUCAUACAUUUGGAAGUGUCGGUUAUUUUCAUACUGUCCUAAGCUUAAAUACAUUUUAAUUUAAUUCAUAGACGAAUAACAAAAUUCACCACACAUACUUCGGGGUUUGUUUUAGAUUUUUAUGAAAUUAUUGAAUUUCAAGCACUUUAAAAAGAGCACAUAAAUAAAAAGCACUUCCAGAUUAUCUAACACAUAAAUGGAUUUCAAACACUUUCAAACAACACCAGGAUUUCAACCAUUUGCAUAAUGGAUUUCAAGCACUAUCAAAGACGCCCUUAUUAUGAGGCAAUGAUUUAACACAGAAAUGGAGUGCAAAGACUUCAGAAACAACACAUAAUAAACAUCUGAAAACUAAGCUGCAGAAUAGGAAGCAAAAACACAUCAUACCUAAACCUCUAUGGUUUCAAUGAAUGGAUUGAAUUAAAAUUACCUCAAGAAUGAUGUUCCAAGGUCUUGCAGAGCAGUUUGAAAUUGCUACUGUAUUUUUUUUCACAUCUCUAAACAUGCUGGUUGAAUAUUUUUAAAUGUGAUAUGGUCAUUAUAUCCAAGUCUAAAAAACAAAACAAUUCAAAUCCAUAAGAAACAUAGAAUACUUUAAAUCUCCCAACUUUGAAAAAUUGAUGUUAAAUUGUAAGUUAUCUUGUUUUAGGUUCAGGAAACGUGGGAAAAGAAUUGUGUAUACCCAACCAUUCUAACCCAUUUGCAUAAUGGAUUUCAAGAGUCCAACACUCACUCCUAACCUUUACCAGAGUCCAACACUCACUCCUUACUUUAUAGCCUUGAAAUUUAAAAAAUCACAUGGCACACCUCUCAUUUUUCAGUUUCAAACAGGAUUGCAAAGACGUAAAAAAACAGUCACUGUCUUCAUCUCUGCAAAAUCUAGUCGUUGUCUCCGUGACUACAUUCGAAACCCUUGGGCCGACCAUGGUUUCCGGCAAAUAGUUCACAGAGAGAUGACCCAAGAGAUUCCAAGUAUAAAAGAGAAGAUCAGAUGAACGAAUAUGGUAUCCUUGAGAUUCCUUCAUCGAAGAAGAGAAGACCUAAUCGAGAGAGCAAAUCGAUGGCGAGACUUUUCUCCAGAAGAGAAGACCUAAUCGAGAGAGCAAAUCGAUGGCGAGACUUUUCUCCAGAAGAGAAGACCUAAUCGAGAGAGUAAAUCGCUGGCGAGAGCCACCGCAGCCUCUCCGUCUCCAAUUCACCCCGAGUAAUCAAGACAUAAUUUUUUA